CGUUGCUGAAACUGAAAGAAAAUAAGUGACGGCCACGAACCCGCUUGAGCCGGCUGGCGGUUACCCCUUUCACCAAUCCAACGUCUUCGGAUCCCGGACGCCACGGAUUCGUAUUUGAUCCACGGAUAGUCCCCCAAACACUCAAUUUGUCAAAUCCCUUUCACUUCUUUUAAACAUUCACUUUCCAAAGCAAUUCAAAUCUCAGAACAAGAAUCCGAUUCUCGCAUUGCAAUUUCUCCACCCAUAGUUUUCCCAUUUCAGGAAUAAUCGAAUCCAACGCAACCCACUUUUUGAUUUUCGAUUUUGAUCCUCACCAUUUCUGCAGCCUCACUCAGAUCGAACCGCACCAGCAACUUUCAUUGGGAAGAAGAUGGAGGGCACUGUGUUUGCUCCCGCUUUGGAAGGAUUCAAGGCUGUCAAGUCCGACCAAGGAGAGAUUCUGACCAAGCCUUUCUUGGAUGUCUGCAAGCAGAUUUUACCUGUUAUAGAUAAGUUUGGAGCUGCUAUGACCCUUGUUAAAUCAGACAUCGGAGGUAACAUAACGAGAUUGGAAUCUAAAUAUGAAUCCAAUCCUGCCGCAUUCAACCUCUUGUACAGUUUGGUACAAGUUGAGAUAGAAGCGAAAACAGCAAAAGCGUCAUCCAGCUGCACCAAUGGUCUUCUUUGGUUGACAAGAGCAAUGGAUUUCUUGGUAGAGCUGUUCCGGAACUUACUGGAGCAUCAAGAUUGGGCAAUGUCAGAGGCUUGUACAGAUUCCUAUGGCAAGACCCUGAAAAAAUGGCAUGGAUGGAUUGCUAGUUCAACUUUCAGUAUUGCCAUGAAGCUUGCUCCUGACAGAAAGAAGUUCAUGGAGGUGAUAGGAGGCAACAGCGAUGUCAUGGGUGAUAUAGAGAAAUUCUGUGAUGCCUUUACGCCUCUUCUUCAAGAGAAUCACAAGUUUUUGGUUGACAUGAGAGAUCGGAUGAAACUAAAGAAUAACCCUCUGAUGGAUGAUGCAGGUAGUGGUGUCCCCUUUCCCGAAAUCCUUUCCUACCGUAUGGAUUUCUUUUCUAUAAAGAAUCGAACACUUGACUUAUCUUCGCCUUCCUACGUUCUCUCACCAUUUGGGCUAGCCCGUAAAUGAGACAUGAGCUAGUUCGUAAAAGGGCAUUGACAACGCCUUCCCGUACUCUUAUAGGUUGUAUAGACAUGUUACACUUAGAUUUGUACAAACUUUACUAACCACGUUGUGCGCUAGACCUAAUAGAGUAGAAUCCACUUAUACUAGAUGAAAUUUCUCCUUCACAGGUAUUACAACCCUAUUUUAUUUUC